AGGCUGCUGGGAGUGAGGUAAAUGCCGGAGGAGGAACUUUUCAGGGCGCGAAAGGAGCAGCAGGAAGAGAGAGGGAUCGACAGACACGGGCGGUUUUUAAAUUAAACAUCGGCCACCCGUUCCGUAAUCCGCAAUCAUCUUGUACAACAUGGCAGAUACCAAGGAUACACAGGAAGACCAUGAGACCACUGCAGAGAAUGCAGAUGAGUCUACCCACGACCCUCAUUUUGAGCCCAUCGUGUCGCUGCCUGAGCAGGAGGUGAAAACAUUGGAGGAGGAUGAGGAGGAACUCUUUAAGAUGCGAGCAAAGCUGUACCGGUUCGCUUCGGAGAACGACCCCCCGGAGUGGAAGGAGAGGGGCACCGGGGAUGUUAAGCUCCUGAGGCACAAAGAGAAAGGAACCAUCCGUCUGCUGAUGAGGAGAGACAGGACUCUCAAAAUCUGUGCAAACCACAACAUCGCUCCUUUGAUGGAACUCAGGCCAAAUGCCGGAAGUGACCGGGCUUGGGUUUGGAACACACAUGCGGACUUCGCCGAUGAAGAACCCAAACCUGAGCUCUUGGCCAUCCGAUUCCUCAAUGCAGAGAAUGCGCAAAAGUUUAAAGCAAAGUUUGAUGAAUGCAAGGAAGAAGUGAUACGAAGUCAAGAGAUUUCAGCAGGCAACGAUGACAGCACUAACAAAGUGGCAGAGAAGUUGGAGGAGCUGUCCGUGAAGGAUGUGGUGACCAAGGACUCGGCGGGGCAGAACGACGAAGAGCAGCCUAAGAAGAAAGAGGAGGAGGAGCCUGAGAAAAAGGCAGAAGAGAAGCAGUAAAAAUCUGGCUCUUGGCUUUCCUCUAGUCCUUUGGUUUUCAUUGUUUUUUUUUUUGUUUUUUUUAUGACAGACUUUAUAAACAAACUGAAUUUGGAUGCUUCA